UUGUGUCUGACAGGCGCGCCUUUUAUCCUAUUGUGCUGGCCAGCUUUCGCCAAGUGCCAAAGGCAUGGGGAUGAUUCGCUGCCUUUUGCUUGCAGCAGCGUCAGUCGCUGUGGCAGAGGAUCCCUUGGCGCAGUGGCUGGACAGUUUGAAGUUCUCUUUGGAGGACGUCACGACAGAGAAAGCGGGCAUCACCUUUAAGGUCACCCAGCUGGUGUGUCAGAACCUGCAGCUCGCGGAGGUGCAGUCUGCCGUGCAGGAUGUGGGGCUGUCUGUGACGCUGAAGGGCGUCGGUAUCACCUGCACCGGGCACUUCGCGUACAAGGGCCUCGCCAUUAUCAGCGGCUCCGGGAAUUUGACCGCGACCGUGGCCAGCAGCGCGGACUCUACUGCCACCGUUGCCCUGCAGGGCACCAGCUUUGAUAAGAACCUGCCCUGGGCUGUUGAGGCCACGGCCUGCAGUGCGAGCAUCAACUUCAAGCUGACGCUGAAGGGCUCCAUCGUUUACGACAUCAUCAACCUCUUCUCGACGCCCAUCUCCGCACUCAUCAAGAGCCAGGCUGUGAAGCAGGGCUGCGCGCAGCUGAAGGCGCAGGCCAGCGGAGAGCUGUCCAAGAAGUUGGCAGCUUUCAACCACCACUUCCUCCCCAGUGCGACGACCAUGUUGAUGGCCACCAGGACAGCACAGGCAGAGAACAAGGAGCCUGAGCCAAAGGAGUUUUUGCACGUGGAUGUAGAGACCCACGUCAACGACGUCAACCAGCUGUUCGCCCCACCGGAGGAGGAAGUGAUCGCCACCAAUAACCUCCGAGUGGCAGAAGCCCGGCGUUUGCAGGUUGACCUGGGGACGUCGGGCGGAACUGUGGACUGGACGCGGGACGAAUCCUUGACUUGGAUCUCCUGGCUGGUGGACGACGUCUUGGGCCCUGAGCGCCUGGACGAAGCCCUGACCUGGGCCUUCAAGGGCGCGCACUCCGUGGUCAUCCCCGGCCCCGUCAAGCCCUUGAUGACCACCACAGUGAAGCAGCCAGACGCCGGUAUUGAGCUGAAAGUCACGGCAUACCUGAACUCGGCCACGGUGGAAGGCAUGGAUGGCAUGAACUCCUUCUCUCCGGUGAAGGCGUUGAACCCCAACGACCUGUCUUUCAAGGUGGGCUGGGGCGCCGCUUUCGGCCUGGGCGUGGACGUCAAGGUCCAGAUGGAGGCGGUGGACCUCGCCAGUGGCCAGACCCAGGCCUCUGUGGAGCAAGAGAUGAUUCUUCACCUUGCACUCCAGCAGCCGUCACUGGCUGUCAGCAGCGAGGUCCAAGUUCUGUCAGCUGAGUGGCCAGGCAAGCGGACCUUGGCGCAGAUGGCGAUCGCACCCAAGGAGUGUUUCACCAGCGUGCUGAAGCAGCCCCCGACCUUGAAAUCUCUGCAGGUGAAGUUCCAGGGCCUUGCGGCGCCUCUGAGCUUCGUGGCAAAGACCCAGGGGGCCUUGGAGGCCUCCCUGGCGAGUCUGCUGAACAACGCGGUGGGCCUCUUCAACAAGGUCUACGAGCCGCUCCUGCCGGGGACCAUCGAGCGCUUCGCCAGCUCCGACAACCUUCGGCAGACGCUGAACCAGGCGCUGGAGCAGAAGCUGCAGCCUGGGGAGUGCUUGGACCCGGCGCUGGCCUCGCAACAGGUGCGCAACAAGUUUCCCCAGUUCUAUGGCAACUGGCCGCCGGUGCUGGGCGGUGUCUUCAGAAGCUACAUCGACAACUUUGUGGACGGCUUGCUGGCGCACAACACCACCAUCCUUCAGGAUGGCCUGGCCAACAUGCCUACACUGCCGAUCCCUUUGGGCGCCAAGUUGACUCUUCGGCAGUUGGUGUUCACCGGGCUGAACCAGGUGGACGCGCUGCGAGUGCUGCUGCCCUCGACAGAGAACCCCAGCUGGCUGGGAACCAAGGCCUCCGCCAAGUGCCCGACCCCACAGGCGCCUUGGCGGCCUGCCUUUGCAGUGAACAGCUCCCUGAAGGCCGGGAACUUUGCCGGGGACGGCCUGGUGACGCUGGAGAUGCCCUGCGGCACCCUGGACGCGGAGGUGGAUGUGGUGGUCGAUUUGUGGCAUCUCAUGGAUGUGACGCUGCCUCCCUCUCUGACCUGCGCGAUGAUGUCGCCACUGGCAAAGUUCGACAUCAAGACGGUGAAGGCAACCUGGGGCAGUGCUGGCAGGCUCAUCGUCAAGCCCAAGGACGGCCCAGAGCAGUACCCUUUGGCCCAGCUCUGCGCCUUGCACCCUCGAGCCUGCGAGAUGGCCGACCAGAUCCGCGAGUAUGUCUCCUCCACGGAAGGUGCCACACGUCUCUACCAUUUGGCCCGGGAUGCCGUGCUGCAAAAGUGCACUGACACCAAGCCCAAGCUGUCGGCAAUUGCUGCGGAGGACACGACCUUCAAGACGGAUCAGUUGGGGUACACCUACAUUCCUGCGGACACCAUGAUGCUCUGGGUGGUGAGCCUGCUGGUGAUCUUGGGGCUCUCCGGCACCUACACCUUCUGCGCCACCUUGGGCCGAUUGCUCCGGGACGAGGACUGCAGCCCCGAUCUCUCGCACAGAUCCCGGCUGCCACUCGCCACCAUCUGCUGGUACGGCGCCCGGGAUCCCGCCGCAAGCCUCUUCCCGAAGAUCAGCACCAUGGUGUGCAGCACGCUGUUGGCUGCCGGCCUGGUCGCUCGCAUCCUCGCUUGCUUCUGGCUUCCCUUUGCGGCCGCCGGGGUCAGCCUCGAGCAGCACACAGGUGGCACCAUUUUCAAGGAUGACACUCUGCUUCAGUACACCUUCUUCGGCAUUGGCAAGCAGUUCGGCUUGGGUGGCUCACUGUACUGCCAGCUUCUGUGGUUCUUCAUGUCGCUUGCCUCAGCGCUGCUCUGCCAUGUCAUCAUGCUGAUGGUUUGGCUGACGCCCUUCCUGGCCAAGUACCGUCAGUCACUGCUAGUGGCUGGCCUGGUGCUGGGCCGCUUCGCGCUCUCUGAGGCGGAGACCACGGGCAACACGGCCAUGGUGUUGGGCGCGGACGUGCCGAUGCCGCUGGGCAUGGUGCAAAAGCUGGGCCUCGGCUUGGAGGCGGGAGCCUACACCUCCUGGUUCGCCAGCUUUUGCACGGUGAGUGCCAACCUGCUGCUGCUGAAGAUCCUCCCCAGGAGGGAGUCCUCGCCGCUGCCCUGGGCCACAGGGAAGGCCCCCUUGCAGGUGACGCUGCUGCAGGCUGUGAACUCAGUGCUUAUGCUGGUGGGCAUCGGGCUUUGGUACUUCUGCGACUUCAUGCAUGCGGAGACGGGGGGCCUUGCCGGGGCCAUUCUGGACCCCAACUCCUUCAGCGCCAGCCAGUUGGGCUCCACCGACCCCAGCCUGCGGAUGUUCGUCAUCCUCACAGCAGGCUUGUGCCCGCUGUUGCAGAUGUCUGCCUUCCUGGUUGGACUGUGGGGCAAGGCUCCCCAUGUGGCUAAGGGUAUGUCGGCGGCAGCUGCGUCCUUCUGCCUGCUGGACCUCUUUGCCAUUGGCUACCUUGUCACCUUCCUGGAAGGCGUCAACGGCUUCGCCAGCUCUGCGGUGAGCGACUUUGCGGGCCCCAUCUGCGAUCUGACCAAAGCUGCGCUGAACGAGGAGUGCUUGACCAUGACCGUCUCCGUAGUGCCUUUGGGCACUAUAGGCCUACUGUUGGCUACCGGUUGCUGGAGCGGUUUGGCCGCAGUGCAGCUUUUUGGCAUUGGCCAAGGCUCUGCGCGGGAAGCGCCGCUGCUCGCCACGGCAGCCGCGCCUUGCGAGGAAACGCCCGGGCCGUCCUUCCAAACCGUGCGAGGCAAUUCGGCAGCCUGAGCCGUCAGGAAUUCUCUUCCCGAACGGGCCGCGGGAAUUCGACGCAACGUCGCAGUCCGGGAAAACCAUGGAGAGAUAUCCCUUGGGCUUUUGGCCUUUUUGCUCUCAAAGGGGCCGGAAGGGCGCAGAAGUGUGGGUAUGUGUAUGACCAGGAUACGGUACUCUGUCAGGAAUCGCCGAGCUUGUACCUUGCUUUGCA